UAGAGAAGAUAACUAUUCUACUACAAACUGUUGUGAUAUUUUUACCGCCUGUUCGUAUAGAUAACACGCUAGGUUAACUACUACUUGAAUGCCCCAAAACGCGUUGUGUGAUCAUUACUCUAAAACAUCUUAUGGAGCGGAGUGUUUCUAUCAUAUAAUUAAUUCGUAGAUUCUUUAAAUUCUGUUUAGAACCUUUUAAUUCGUUAUAUAUUCUUUGUCAUGAACGCGUCUGUGAUAUGUCGAUCAACAACCUUUCAAUACUCACGAAACAACACGUUCUAGUGUUGUUUCUCUGCAUCAUAUUAAAAUACUACCCGAAAGAACAGGCUUCACCCGGAGAGAAUCUAUCUCGGCAAUGCGAGUACGACACUAAACAUUUGUGCCCAAGCUGCUUCUCCGAACCGAACGAGUGUAGCAUCUUCAAAGAUCGAUUAACGAUUGAUACAGAUGAUCCUCUUAACCGAUUGGUAUGUAGAUUCAACCAACACGCUGUUAGCUACGGAGUACUCGAUGGAAAGCAAAAUGUGGUCAUUAAAAGUCUUAACAAAAACGGACAGGUGGAAAAACUCAGAGAUUCAAUUUGUAAGGAAUUUCAAAUUGCUACCGAGGAUUGUGAAUUUAGGAACGAUGAACUGUUUCGUACUGAGCUGCGACAAAUGAUACUGAAUGAAGAUCGGGUGGAAGGUAUGAUCAUUUGCCCUUCCGGAGACGACCUAGCCCUAGAACGAUUUCUGAAGAAAAUUGAAGAAAAUGAGCUGUUGAAGCUGAUACUCAUGCUAACGAAUGCGCAACCAUUGCUACUUAAGUUAUUCAAUGGAACGAACCUUCGAACACCAGAACCUGUUUUCCAAAUGGGUUUCACACUUGCAGAAAGCUUCGAUGGCGACAGUCUAGCAAAUUUCUACAGCAGCUCGUUGAAAACCAGACUAACGAUUGCCAAUGAACUAAUUAGUGCCAUCCUGUCGAUCACGGCUGGAUUAGAUGGUUUCCGAUUCUACCUAACUGAUAUUAAUCCCGAUAACAUUGCAAUCCAAUUUCUCUCGAGUGGUAAUGUGAAGGUGUCUUUUAUAGAUAUUAACAAUGUGAUAGUGCUGGACAGUCAAAGUAAGCGAUUAGAUCGAAACAAACCGGAAACGAUCCACGCUCGAAUAGAAUGUGAUGGUUGCUUCGCUUACGUGCAGGAGGAAAUCUGUUCUCACCGGUACAGUGACAUCAAUCUGUUCGCUAUGUGUCAAUUAUUUUUAGAGAAUCUCAAUGGAAAUGGUGAAGCUGGAUUUUUGCAUUUCUCCGAUGACCGACUCGAAUUAAAACAAAUCCACCAACUGCUCAAACACUGCGUUUACUGCCGCCCACCUGAUUGUCAGGAUAGAAAAAUGCUUCUUCAACAGAUCCAGAAAACUAUUAAUUUGAUAAUGUAGAUUCCAAUAUUUAUUUUUCUGAGAUAAAAACAAUCUU